CGUUAUUGCUAUCGAUCAGUCCCGGUUGAAUUACAGUGUGUACUAGUGAUGAAAGUUGUGUUAAGUGAAGCCUAGCGUACGAGUGCGAGUUCCUCGUGCAUCUGUCCUUGGCCUGUGCAGUACGUAUGAUCUAAGGUUCACCCAAACGCAUGAGACUUGGUCAACCUACAAUAAACGUUUGUCGUUUAUGAAUGAGUGCGUGAGUAGCCAGUGAUUCGAAUCGAGCGUCGUUAUUAUGAACUGCUAGAAUAGCAUACAUUAGUUAUUUUAGACUAUCAUACACAUUUGUGUAUGUAUGGUCAUUGAUGCGUAACUAGAGUUCACUUCACUAGAUUAGUGGUUAUGGCUGUGGUUUUUGUGCAAUGCCCGUGGAUAACAACCGGUACGUCAGGCUAUCACGACACUUUCUACAGCUUCGACUGUUGGUACCCUUGCAACAACAAAAACAACAACACGACAAGCACUUACUACAGCCAGAGUUACGCGCGGCAUCGUCCAGCGACGUCAUAAAUUUUAAUCACCGUUUUGUGUGGCACCAUCUACUAAAUGUGCGACAAAGGCAAGACAGCUAACAGCAGCGCCAGAACAGAAUCUACUUGGCGUCAAGGAACGUUUGUCAUCCGAUCAAAAUGUGGCGGACACCUUGAGUAAGGCGACUUCCCCGGCCCCGCUCCCGCCAACCUGAUCGGCUGGCCAACGCCCACAGACAACUAGUGAACGCCCCACGUCAGAUCCUCACACAGCAGUGCAAGACACGUGAAAUCGCCGCCGUCACCUUCACUAACUGUAAAGCAGGCGUGUCAGUCGAGUUUGUUUGCCUGAGUUAGCGUAUGCUGCUCAAGAUGUAUGCUAUAGAUGAGGCAGCUCCACAACAAUGGCCUGGGCCGAGACGACCUCGACCGUAUCAAAACGAAGACCCCACAUCUUCCCUAACUAACAGCAGCAUCGAAAAACAAGGCAGCGACAACUUGCACGGCCAUUGUUACAGCGGCAUUAGCUCUUCUUCUUGGCCCCUUUCGGCUACAUGUUUACCAUCAACGAAUGCAUUACCAUCAUCAACGAUUAGAUCAUGGUUUUCACCCUCCUUUCUAACUCUUCCUCCGUCUUCUACGGCAAGUGCUGUGGCGAUGCCCCGGAUGAUGUCACAGUCGUCAGCGUUUUCGCCACGGACACCACGCGGACUACUCAAGCUGUCUUUGUUCGCUGAUGCGCAUGAGCGUUUCACGGCCGCGGUGAUAAUGGUGGGGACCGUAAAAUUUGUGCCGCUUCUCUUAGUUGUGGCUUUUUGGGGAGCUCUGAUCGGGCCCUGUGAGGCGGACGGCUCAGGGCGUCUCAGCUCGCGCACGGUGACGACCAAGUACGGCGCUCUAAAAGGCUCUAUUGUGAGUCCGGAAGGUGGUCUACGACACAGCCUUCAGCCAGUCGAGGUGUUCCUGGGCGUGCCGUACGCUUCGGCACCCACCGGCGCCAUGCGUUUCAUGCCACCGGGAACGCCGACGCACUGGAAGGGCAUUCGUAUGGCCGACCGACCAGCGCCCGUCUGUCCCCAGAAGCCGCCUGACGUGCACAACGAGACGGAUGCCCUUCGCCGAAUGCCCGCGGGCAGACUUGAACACCUGCGGCGUCUACUGCCACAUCUACAAAAACAGAGCGAGGACUGUCUAUACCUUAACAUCUAUACGCCAGCGGUUGUUGGUCGAGAGCCGAUUCGGCUUCCAGUUAUGGUUUUUAUCCAUGGAGAAUCCUAUGAGUGGAACUCCGGCAAUUCAUACGACGGCAGUGUCCUCGCGAGUCACGGAAACGUCGUAGUCAUCACCCUGAAUUACCGACUGGGCAUAUUUGGCUUCUUACCACCAAUGGAGAACGGGCGAGGUGGUAACAAUGGUCUUUUGGACGUGGUCGCCGCUCUCCACUGGGUCGCAGGGAACGUUGCUGAGUUCGGAGGAGACGCUCGAAAUGUGACCGUAUUUGGACACGGACACGGGGCUGCCCUCGUAAACUUGCUCAUGCUAACACCUAUGGCCAGGGGCCUGUUUCAACGUGGAAUUAUGAUGUCAGGCUCUGCGUUGAGUCCGUGGGCAAUGUCACGAGAUUCGGUGAAAUACACCCGCCAGGUCGCCAAGGAACUAAACUGUCCCACAGACGACAAUCGGGCACUAAUCGAGUGCCUCAGAAAUCGGGCGGUAACGGAUAUCCUUCGUGUGAGUCUCGAGCCCCCCGAGCACCUGUCAGCCUUUGGUCCCGUUGUCGACGGCAUCGUUAUAUCAAAGGAGCCUUCACUCCUGAUGGAGGACCAUGGUGCCUCCUUCUACAAAAACUACGAGAUGCUCGUUGGAGUUGCAAGAGUGGAGGCGUACUUUUUCUUGGCGGCCGCCGAAGAGAAAUACGGAAUCGAGAUUGACAGGCGAGACCGAGUCCUGCGAACGCUUAUUCGCAAUUUGUACAACUUUCAUCAGCAGGAAAUCUUUCUUACCGUGGUCAACGAGUAUACAGACUGGACAAGGCCGUUUCAGCAUCCGUUGAACGUCCUUGAUGGCACCGCGGAGGCAAUUGGUGAUGCGUUGGUCGUAGCGCCUCUUGUGAAGGCAGCAAACCUACAUGCUAAGAUAUCGAAGAAUACGUACUUUUAUGUGUUCGGUUAUCAAACAGAGCAUGGCGAUUAUCCCACCCGUAUGGGCUGUAUUCAUGGAGAGGAGCUGGCUUAUAUUUUUGGGGCGCCGCUGGUCUCCCAUCUGGGCCAUUUUCCCAAUAACUAUAGCAAAUCGGAGCAGGCGUAUGCGGAGGCAAUUAUGAGCUACUGGUCCAACUUCGCUAGAUAUGGUGAUCCUAGUAAUUCGAUGCACGAGGCAAACGCCGCUAGCGAAACGCAGCCGACGCCCACUUCUGAGCAAAGGAAAGGUCGCUUUGAGAGGACGGCAUGGCCCCCAUACGACCUGGCGCACCAGAAGUACAUGCACCUUGGAACGAAGCCCAAGGUUAAGGAUCACUAUCAUGCGCACAGAUUGUCGUUGUGGACCCAUCUUAUCCCCCAGCUACACAGACCUGGAGGCGCCGAAGUGGGCCCGCUGCAUCAUUUACUAGAAGACCACGACAAUCCCUUGAGUUACGAUGGACGUAUCGUGGCGGACCAGCUUGGCGUUGAGACUCAACGUGCCGCGUCCCCAUCUGCGUCUGAUGUCGUAUUGCAGCAACAGCAGCAGGCGGGAGGUAAUAUGGUCGCGCACGGCAAAACUACCGACAAAAAGGCCGACGAGGUUGGAGGUGCCGGAAGUCUGGGCGGUGGGGCAGUAGCAGUCUCUGGCCCCGACAAUGCGAGUCCCGUAAACGGGUCGGGGGCCGCACUGCCUCCGGGCUAUGAUUCAAUGCUCCUUCAAUACGGGGGCUAUUCGACCGCCCUGUCGGUCACUAUUGCCGUUGGAUGUUCUUUACUUAUCCUCAAUGUGCUCAUAUUUGCUGGAGUCUACUAUCAGAGGGACAAAACAAAGCUCGAGGCCAGGUUGCACAAUCGAAAGGCGGAGAAGAAGGACGAUGCCAGGAAGUCGCAGGAGAACGCUGGCAUGAGGUCCGCCGCAAGCGGGUGCAGUUUAACCUCCGCGAGCAACUGUAGCCUCACCGUCAGCCCACUUAGCAAAGAACAGCAAGAAAUGCGUGCUACAGCUCAAGCUUUGCGAAACCCACCGCCCAACAGUCGUUUACCGCAGCAAAUGUGCACUCCAGCUGUAGCCGAUGAUCAACACUAUCAGCAACAACUUCCGCAUCAGCAACAGUCACAGCAACAGCAGCUUCACGACUUCCACCAAGAGCAAAGCUUGCCAUCUGCCAUACUUCACGGUCGUCAACAGCUGCAGAUAGGAGGCGAUACCCAUAACCAUGGCCAGCAAAUGCACACGGCAACUAUCAAUCCUCACCAUACGCUUCACGUCGCCAGUGGAGGCACGAACGGCAACAGCAGUUCGAUUCCUCAUCAUCACGUAUCUGCAGUCAAACCACCCCUGCCGCCACAAGUGCCAAACACCCAGCAAACGGUGCUCCGCGACCCCGGCUACCAAAUGGGACAGAGGACAGCUAACUCACAACCUCCCGAUGUGAUGGCAACGACGUUGGCCGCAGGAGUCCUUCAGCAGACACUGCCGCGACAAGCAAAGUCACCUUUUGCCAGACACUCGAUGGGAACUCUACCACGACUGUCACGCCCACAGUCGACGAUAGACCCUCGCUAUGGAUCCGGGUCACCACAGCACCACAUAGCCAAUAGUGUAACAUCUAACGUCAUCUUUACGCUGCCUCAGACCAACAGCCCUAACCUUUCCAAAGCAGGACAAACGACGGAGCUCGAUAUUAUCACCAACUUUAAUCAUAAUGCUCAGCAUUGAUUGUUUUCGAAUAAUAGGUCGAAAAAUACGAGUGCGUGUAUGAUGAAUCAUUUAGAAAUGGAGCAGAUAUAAUGGCGGCAAAAAUAAUCAAGGUGGAUUCAUAGUUGGAAAAAGAAGAGUAAACAAAUGACAAGCCUUUUCCUAAGGAAUUACGUUCCCAACGGUUCGAUAAGAGGCACCUUAGAUUCUAUUUAUAGAGCUGACCUGGGAUUCACACACGACAUCAACGAAGACGCUUAAUCACUACUGAAGAAACGAUAAGAGGGGGGUCGGUUGAAUACGAACUCAAGUCGAGGGACUCUGAUCCACGAAUGGUCACACCAUGAUGGUUACAAUAACCGGAUACUUAGCUGAAAAGGGGAUUUGACUUCGCUUUUGUCUCUGAUGUACAUUCGAAUUUUCGAGCUAAGCAUGAGUUAGACAAACGACAACUCGAAUAAGUACAUCUCGACGCUGUUUUAUUAUAAAACUAAUAACGCAAUUUUGCCGACGAUGAUCGAUGUGGCCGCUUUCAGUUCGAAAAAUCUCUACAAUAUACAAUCCUUCGUAAAAGAUAUAUCGUUCUAAUAACUUGAUACCGUAUAAAUUAGGAAGGCCCCACGUUAUUGAAGUCUGUGUCCGACGUCUAGGUAAAGGGUAUCGAUCCUGGUAGCGGCUAUAGGAAAUCGAGGCAUGACUGCCAGGCUUGGGAAAGCAGCCUUCAGGUUUUCCUACAAAUGUCGAACAGGCUGAAAGCUAACACGAAAUCGUUUGACCGUUCCCUUAAGUCUCUAUCUGUGUAUUAUGAAAGAGCAUGCUCGCUGUUCUGACGUGAGCCUGCUUUGUGAAGGUGAUAGCUAUGGGCUGUAGACGUCGCGACUCGUGAAUGCUGCAAACGAUGGUGCGGUCUUGAGCGAACUAGAUUUCAGCGUGCAUAGCUUGAAUCAAAGCUACACAUAGCCGGAGAGGAGAUUUUAUCUGUUUUUAUCUAUAAGGCUUUCACACGAACAAAUGCGUACGAACUCAAUUCACCCAGCGUCAAUUUGUUCACGAAUCCGCGAAUAGUAAAACCAAACGAGACAUUGCGACAUUAAUGAACAUUGAUGCGUUAGGGUAAUUUAAGCCACGCUAUACAUAAUGCCAUCAGCACAAUAAGUACGACAAAAGCACGAAGAAGAUAUAAAUAAAGGCAACGAAUAGGGGAAAAAGUUUCGAAGGAUGGUAAACGUAAAGAUAAAUAUAGAAUAGUAUCUAUUUUGUGACAACGAUAGGAAAGUGAUUUUUUUAAUGAUGCACAAGAACAGCGUUUUUUUGUGGAGGGGAUUCGAUUUUUUAUUUUGAGGAAUCGAAAAAAGUGGAAGUUAUAAUAUGACCGUAAGUUAGCUGCUUGGCCUGAAACACAGUUGACAGCUUAAGAGUCGCUUUCUUUAGAAAAUGGUUAUCGAUUGCGAAAUUCCCACUGACCACGUGGGAAAAACCUCUAUUUGAAUUGCUGCGAUCAAAUUGCUGCUUUAUAUUGUCAGUAUAUUAUUUGAAGAUGAGCUGAAUUGAGAUCAGAUAAGGAGGACGGGUUUUUUGCGACAACAACAACAGCUGCAGCAACAAGAUCAACAAUACUAAUAACAACACCAAGCGCAGUUAAACGCAAGACGGCGACGUUGAAAAACUAGCUACGAUGUUCUUCUUAUGAGUACAUAAGCACAACGACGGAGCUCUCUCUCCUUCCUAUGCCCUCGUGAACGCUGAGAAAAUUUGGGGUCGUCAUGGGAGGAUCAUAGUGCACUACUAUAUGUUCUUAUUAUUAGUUAUAUAUAGAAGGACAGAAGGAGGCAGUAUAUACAUCUGUGUAUAUUGUAAAUUACGACAGCUGAAUUACGAAUGAAACGAGUUAAGGAAAACAACCGCAACGAAUAUUUAGGCAAAAACCACCUUACAUUGUCCAGAGUAUGUUGAGUUGGCCUUUGAUGUCAUGUUCAGACUUGGUUCUAAUCCUUUCUUCCUUUUAACCAAAUAGACCGUGACUAAUUAAAGACAUACAAAAUCAAGCGAUACUUUCUUUUAAGUUUUCUAUUUUGACGUCCUUAUAUUUGUCACUGUGUAUCUAUCGUAUCCAGAAUUUUAGAUGAUAGCUCCAUUAGAAGCGUUCUUAAUGUGUUGGUGAGUUUCUCAAGUUGAGUUUACCUUUUAAAAUCUUUACGGCCCGCCCUAUAAAAGCCUCUAAAGAAUAGAGAAAACGCUCAAUAGUUUAU